AUGACCAAUAACGUGUCUCACUCUGGAUUGCUGGGAGGUGUAGGUGGAAAAAGCACCACUGCACUGAACCUGAAUGCAGGUAAUCAGGCUAACAACGCAGACAGAAUCACCGACAGCAUUGGCAGGGUUAGGUCUAGGGGGGUCCUAUCCUCGAGAGACUUAAUCCAGUGCGAAAAUGACGCGCAUAUAGCCCGCAACAGUGAACGUGCUGACCACAGGGACACCACAUCAGGUGAUGUUUCCGACGACGAGUCCCUUUUGGAUCUCCCAUGCCCUGAAUCUUGUGCCCUUCCGAACCCUGACCCUGUUGAUACCAACAUGCCUCUCAUUAAUGCGUACAGAGCUGUUAACGCAUUGACUCUGCAUUCACGAUCUGCGUUUGACUCUCUCAUGGGAGGACGACAACAGGGUGCUACUACUCCUGCCCUCACAGAUCUGGCCCCAGCAGCCACAAGCUCCGCGAUCGCAAGCAAAUCACUCGCAUACAACGACAACGAAAUCAAGAUGGUAUCAUCCAUCAACAACAUAUUCGAAAUCCCGCGUGUAAUUAUCAAUCUUGCAGACUCAAAGCUGCACGUCCCUCUCAUGCUCCUAACAGCCAAAGUCAUGGAGAAGAUCCACAACGACCCCUCGUGCAUCAUCAUGAAGAAGGGACUCGUCACCGACAACCCCAAGAAGUCGGUAAUGGACACCUCUGGAUUCCCACCAGAAUCUUCACCAUCACCCAUACAGUUUUACGAGGCCUACGAAAACUUCAUGGAGCUACUUAACCGUAUUGCGGGAGGUGCUAUCCAAGAAAAAUUCAGGAAGCAUCGCCUAUUCUGCUUGUCACGCAAACACUUUGAAGAAAACUUUUCAGCAGUCCUUGCCUUCAAUAUUGAGACUCGCAGAAUCUUCUUCAAUACAAAGUCCUUGCUCACUGAUGCCGCUUAUGAAUGUUGCUGGAAUGAGACACUAACGAAGAUUUCCAGGGACAAGUCAGACGAAGCUGCGGCCAACGCGAACAGGGAACUCCAGAGGCUGAUGGCGCUCAUGUCUCACUUUGAAGGGUCCAACAGCAAUAAUCGCUACCACCCGUACCAGAACUCAGCCAAACUGAAGGCGGACGCUACCGCCCAACUGAACACUGAUGGGAAGUCCUUUCGGAAGGGCAAAGAGAUCUUGUCCAACGGACCCCUUUACCUUCUCUGCGGUCGGAACGGCCACAAGGCCAGCAAUUGUACCUUCACCCACACCAUCAAGAACUCCCCCCUUGUCUGUGUCUGGCAGGGUAAGAUCAUGCUCAAGUCCUCUUCAGUGAUCGUCUGCAUCUCCCACAACAUCGGAAGAUGCACACCGGGCAAGCAUGGAAUGGACAUUAUCCAUGUCUGCUCCAUCUGCGGCAGCAAAUCACAUGCUGCUUCAGCAAAAUCAUGCUAA